AAGAAACAUUGCUGUGUCUGUCUCAAGGAUGGGGAGCACUGCCUGGGACCUGACCACAGAUAUAAACCGGACUCAGUCACGGAGAAGGUUCAUAUUUUUGAGUUCAAGAAGUACGAAGAAGCGCAGCAGUUUGUCAAAAGACAUUUGGGACAGUUUCAGUCCAUGAAUGGAAAUGGCUGCAUACUAUUCCUCUACAGUCUGAUUCUAUCCAGAACUCUUCAGAAGUUGUAUGAAGACUUACAAGUUGACCGAGACGUGAAAGCGAGGCUGCUGACUGACACAGAUGACGUCUCGCAGAGCUUACUGAACCUGGCACUGACCGGCAAGGCUACACCUUACACCCACAACGGGGAACUCUUGUAUGACAGGAGGGGGAAACUUUUGCCCCGCUCACUUUAUGGCAUUCACUCCCGGAAUCAAGUUGGCUUCCUUUUCUGGGAUAAGGGAGAAAACUCUGACAGUAGGACUGAGAUUGGCUCCAUGCUAAAAACGCCCAAGAAUCCAAUCUGGCUAACCAAGGUGAAUGGCAUGUAUGGUCUUUUGUUCAGUCUGAACGAAGAUUUAGUGAGUCACUGGCGCGUGGAGAACAGGUUUGCUGUUUUCUAUUACACCGGGCUGGCUUGCCAGGAGAAACCUGUGGUGUUAACUGUAGAAACACGACUGGGACGUGGUCGAAUGAAAACGAGUUUGGGACGUAGAGAUGAGGAGAAAAAAAUUCCUGCACUGGAAAACUGCAUCAUGACAAAGUGGUUUGGUGCUGCUGUCAACUGGAAUGGAACUGCCCCUUUUAUCUAG